CUGCGGGGAAGGCGGGGCUGGCCUGCCGAUCCUCCUGCUAUGAUGCCUGGGCAGAUCCCGGACCCUUCCGUGACCGCGGGCUCUCUGCCAGGGCUCGGCCCCCUGACUGGACUCCCCAGCUCGGCUCUGACCACAGAGGAGCUAAAAUACGCCGACAUCCGCAACAUUGGGGCCAUGAUCGCCCCCUUGCAUUUCCUGGAGGUGAAACUGGGCAAGAGGCCCCAACCCGUGAAAAGUGAGCUAGACGAGGAAGAGGAGCGAAGGAAAAGGCGUCGGGAGAAGAACAAAGUCGCAGCAGCCCGAUGCCGGAACAAGAAGAAGGAACGCACAGAGUUUCUGCAGCGGGAGUCUGAGCGGCUAGAACUCAUGAACGCGGAGCUGAAGACCCAGAUUGAGGAGCUGAAGCAGGAGCGGCAGCAGCUCAUCCUGAUGCUGAACCGGCACCGCCCCACCUGCAUCGUCCGCACUGACAGUGUCAAGACCCCCGAGUCGGAAGGCAACCCGCUGCUGGAACAGCUCGACAAGAAGUGACCAUGGGCUGGGAGGAGGAAGAGGAGGAGAAGGAGGAGAGACAAAGAGGGAGGAGGAGGAGGGUCCCAGAGGGCCCUCCCUUGGCUCAUGAAAAACUAUACAAUGAGGUUUGGCCCAGCCAGCAUCAUCCGGGCGUUUUUGUGGAGCUGCAGUCAGCCACACGAGGGGAAGAUCGGGCUGAAGAAACCCAGAGGGACCAAGCGCUGAGACCAAAGUCGACCAUGGUUAGGGCUGUCCUGCUUGGGGCCCAGCUUGAAGGAGGUAGGACAGAGGGUCCUGGGCCACAGAGACACCCUGCCAGGCAGCCUCAGGCACCUCCUGGGCCUCUCCGCCAGGACCUCCCCCACUGAGGGACCUCCAGACAGCCGGAAAAGCCAUGCAUCGCAGCCAAAUUGCAGCGGCUGUGGAUGGAACUCAGAAACUGCGACCCACCUGCCCCAGCCCUGCCCUUGACCCUGAUGUCACACUGCCUGGGUCCAGUGCGGCCCUGCCCGGGAGGUGGCAGCUGGGCGCACCCUCACCGGCCCUGCUGGAGUUUGCUGCGGGCACUGAGGCGCGGGCGCCCCUCCAAAGCACAUACUCACUGAAUGUUUACAGACUGGCUGUCCGGGCAGGGCUUUCAACUGCACAUGUUUUUUAUACUUUCUUUUUUUUUUUUUUAAUAUUUUUUACAAAAAAAAAGAUUUUAUACAAGCAAUAUAUAUAUGGAUUUCUAUAAUCACUCGAUGUGAUACAGUAUAAAUAUGCUAUGGUUUGUUUGUUACGAACAGAUACCCUCCAGUUAUGGCUGUUGUGUGUAACUCCUAAGUACUGUAGUCUCUGGGUGUUGGGGUGGCUGGGUGGGGUGGGGGGCGUUUCCAUCCUCUGAAGCCCUCAUAGUACUCAAUCCUGUAUCGCUCAGUAAACAUUGCUCUUACGUA